AUGCAACAAAACAUUGGUGGCCAAACGGUGAGGGAAGUAGAAAGAUUGCGGAAGACCGCACAGCGAACAGCAACAGUCGAAAUGAAGGGAGCUUCGGUUGGUUAUUUGAUAGCACUUUUUGGUACCGAAUCUCCACAACGUAUGCAGCUUUUGCAGCCGGACGAAGCGUAUAAUGACCAUGAGGGAAGUUUUGCGAAGAGUCUUGAUGAAAUGAUGGAAAGAUUAGAAGCUGAAUUGAGGAUUAGGGGAACGGAUCGUAUCAGCUAUUAUGAGGCUGUACUGCAUCCAACUGAUUUCGGGAAAACGGUCGAAGCGAUGUAUCGUGUUGCUUACCUCAUCAAUGAAGGACGAGUUAUAUAUCAUUCUACUGAGGAUGAAAUUCAAUCUCAAUUGAGUGUGUUUUUAUCAGAAUCGAUUAUUUCUCUAUUGAUCAUCUGA